AUGCGUUUUCAGUGGGCCUUUGAGAGUGGUGACAAAUGCAGGAUGAUCUUUGCCUGGGUAGACUGUCCUGGGUGCUGCAGGACCUCUGGCUUUUCUGAUCUCUGCCUCCUCAAUGCCUGCAGCACUGGUUGUGACAACCAGAAAGCCCUCGCACAUUCCCUGAGGCCUGCAGGCUCUGGGGAGCAGGGCUUUGUGAGCAGGUUGUGGGUGUCAGUCUCCCUGGGAGUCUCGACUAUCAGCGAGUCGUGGUGGGGAUGUCCAGCUCUGCCCGUGUGGGAGGGUGGCCCCGAGGCUGCUCACAGAGCAGUAGACUGUGAGACUCAGGGAUGCCCUUGGUACCUCUCCAAGGAGGAGCUUAGGUCUGUUUGGAUGAGAGUCAAACUUGUGACUGUGAUUAAUGGGGCCACAGGUAAAUCAAGUGUGCAGAAGUAUGAAAGAUUCCAGUGUCAGAACUGGAUGUUCACUGCAGGCUUUGGCUGGAAUGACAUUUCAGUCAUCAGUCUGACUGGAGCAUUCUUUAUCAGCUUGCACUUCAAGGGAGGUGGAAACAGCCAUCCUGCUUGUUGGGCGGACAUCUGCCUGCUCAGAUACCGUGUCUCCCUGAGGAUCCCUCUGGGAGACCUACUGGGCUCCCUGGGCUGGAGACCGGGAGCCCUUGCUCGGCUCGUUUCCCACUCAUUGUGCAACCUCGGCUCUAUCGCUGGACAGGCCUGGCAAGGAAGUGAGGAGGAAGCCAGUGCCACUGCUGGUUCAGAAUGUUCCAGUGUGGUUGGAAAGUUUGAGAAGCGGCUUGGCUUUCAGGAUGGUUCCUACUUGGCUGAGUUCCUGUUGGAGAAGGGCUACGAGGUCCAUGGAAUUGUACGGCGAUCUAGUUCAUUUAAUACAGGGCGAAUUGAACAUCUGUAUAAGAAUCCCCAAGCUCAUACUGAAGGAAACAUGAAGUUGCACUAUGGUGAUCUCACUGACAGUACCUGCCUUGUGAAGAUAAUCAAUGAAGUGAAGCCCACAGAGAUCUACAACCUGGGAGCCCAGAGCCACGUCAAAAUUUCCUUUGACUUAGCUGAGUACACUGCAGAUGUCGAUGGAGUCGGCACUUUGCGGCUUCUGGAUGCAGUGAAGACUUGUGGCCUUAUCAACUCUGUGAAGUUCUACCAGGCCUCCACAAGUGAACUUUAUGGGAAGGUGCAAGAGAUCCCCCAGAAGGAGACCACCCCUUUCUACCCACGGUCACCCUAUGGGGCAGCAAAACUCUAUGCGUAUUGGAUUGUGGUGAACUUCCGGGAGGCAUAUAACCUUUUCGCAGUGAAUGGCAUUCUCUUCAAUCAUGAGAGCCCUAGAAGAGGAGCUAAUUUUGUUACUCGAAAAAUUAGCCGGUCAGUAGCUAAGAUUUACCUUGGACAACUGGAAUGUUUCAGUUUGGGAAAUCUGGAUGCCAAACGAGACUGGGGCCAUGCCAAGGACUAUGUGGAGGCUAUGUGGCUGAUGUUGCAGAAUGAUGAGCCGGAGGACUUUGUCAUCGCUACUGGGGAAGUCCACAGUGUCCGUGAAUUUGUGGAGAGGUCCUUUAUGCACAUCGGCAAAACCAUCGUGUGGGAAGGAAAGAAUGAAAAUGAAGUGGGCAGAUGUAAGGAGACUGGCAAAAUUCACGUGAAGGUGGACCUUAAAUACUACCGACCGACUGAAGUGCCUUUUCUGUCAGUGAUGAAGGGCUGCAGGAAGAUGUCCCCAUGAGGAUAUAUCAGCAUCUCUGUCCCAGCUUACCUCUCCUAUCAUCUGGGUCCUUAGAUCCAGCCAAAGCUUCCACAAGAGGAUGAAGAAGGAGAGGAAGGAGCCCUCCUCUCACACCUGAGACGACCACCCUUCUUACAUCUGAGGCGUCCACAUCCUACCCCUUAUUUUAUGUUGAACCAAAUUACCGACCUCACAUCA